GAGGCGCACUCAUUGAGCAAACUUCCCCAGUCAAGUGUUUUUCUUUGACCUUACAUGUGAUAAAGGCAGGUUUCUGAAAUCUUUAUGUUUUCAAUUGUUUGUCUCUGUUUUAUCUGCGCUCGACCCUCUAGACUGUGCUGUGAAACAUAAUCAGUCUUUCUUUAAAGGAUUAUGAUUCAGGUUUUCAGGGUGAUCUAGAGAUGCGGAAGAUGCAGAAAAAGAAGCUGGCUCUUGGAACAAGCACUAAUCUUAAGAGAGCAACUCAUCGCCUCGCUGUGCACAAAGACAGUAACGCUUUACUCCUUGCUCCCACCUUGUGCUCGGAGCACAGUGCUGCACUCUCCAUUACCCGCCCCACCAGAGGGAGCCAUUUCAUUUUUGGACCUGCGAUUGCUGCUCUACGACUUGCACAGAUAGAGACUCAAACACAGAUUGCUCUCCGGCACAUUGCUGUGUUGGCGUCCCUCCUUUCUGGCUGUCAGUGCGACCUCACAGCGGUGUUACCUCCUCACCUUGCCCUGCUGAGUCUUUUCACUCGGCAGCAGGCGUCAACGUUGGGGCUAGAAGUCACCACAAGCAGACGGGUUUCUGCUACCACACAGCUAAGGCAGUCUGCUGCAAUGUAUCGCCAGCAGCAGGGCUCUCAGCCUUUUCCAAACGCACCUAGGCCUCAUCAUCAGCCGGCUGCAAGUCAGCAUCCAAAUCACCAUAACAUGCAAGUAAUGGGGUUCCAAUUUCCUCGUCCCAAUCAACUCCCUGAUGAGCUGGAGUCAGCCCUGGCUAUCAGGGGCAGCAGGGAUAUGGAUCACCGGCAGAUUGAUCACAGGAAUCAGCCGAACCAACAUCAGAACCAAGGCUCUGUUACAGGGAUUGGUCAACAUGGAAGCUAUGGUUCCAACCCAGGAUUGCUUUCUGCUGAGAAUCAGCCUGGACACCAGCAAGGAGUGGACUGGUCGAGCUACCAACCUCCAGCUAAACUCUUUGCACAAACCCAGCAGCAGCAGCCUCAGAGAAGCCAAGAGGUUGCCAGAAUACCAAACUGGAAUCGUCCCAUAAAUGACUCACCAUCUCCUCAAACUCGACAGUCGCUUGGCGACGGCAGUAGGGUGGAAGGUCAGGGUUUGUACACACCAGAGAGUGCGGGAAGCAUCUUGGCUAGCUUUGGACUUUCAAAUGAUGACUUGGAGGUGCUGAGUCAUUAUCCAGAUGAUCAGUUAACCCCAGAUACUCUACCGUUCAUACUCCGUGACAUUCAACUCAACAAGUCAGGCAAGAAGACAGCUGGAACUUCCUCCUCUUCAUAUUCUCACAACGUAGCUCCUCGAUCUUCACACUCACCGGAAGUACCCAGCCUUCUUACUGUUACACAGACAGCAGGGAAAGUCAUUGACUAUGGCCAUGCCAGUCGUGGAACAGAAGAAAGUGGUACCAGAGAGACAUUCAAAAGGGAGCCGCUUUCUAGUGGAAGCACUGUUAAAGUGUUCUCGACUACAGCGUCCUCAGUAUCAAAGGUGGACAAAACAGAAAGACGUCAAGUGCACUUGGAGCACAAGGAGGCGAGCAAACACGGAGACAGGGACUACCGCAGGACAAGCUGUGAGAAACGCAAGAAUAGCCGAUCACCAGCAAGACAGUUUGCUCCGUUGCCUAAAUCUCGUAAUUUAGAUAGAGACUAUCGGCAAGUGGAAUCUAGACCACGGUCGUCAUCUGAAACCAGGAGUGAUUCUUCCUCAAGGCGUUCUCUCUCUGCUUCGAGACAACAUGGCAGUAGCAAGAAGUUACCCACCCCUACCAUGAUAAGUGAUUUCGCUGCGAUGUCUCCAAAGGUGUAUCCCCAUACCUGCUCCCUGUGUCACAUUCAGUGUGACCAGGAAAAGGACUGGGUUGCCCAUAUUAACACUGUUGAUCACACAGUCGCCUGCAGAGACCUGCGCAACAAGUACCCUGACUGGAAACCAAAUCACCCAAGUCGUAGUGGACGAUAUGGCAACCGUGCUCUGUGGGAUCCUAAAGAUGGCUGUUCAGUAGAGUCCUUAUCUCGAGCCGCCGUUUCUUGUCCAAGUUCUCAAGACAAAUAUCGAAGAGAGCCCUACAUCCACCAGCCACAUGGGAGGGCUUACUCUCCCCACCGGCAUUCACGGCCCAGCUACCAUACAGAGCGCAAUCAUCGGUUUGAACAUCACCACCACCGGGCACCGUUACCUUCCAGAGAAUCUUGGCCUGAAGAGAGAAACAGGGAAUCAUCAGGUGGUUACUCUCACCGUGGUGUGAAGCGUCCUGGUGAUGCUGUCACCAAAGACACUGCUGACACCAGCCGGAAUCCUUCUUCCUCUGCAGCGGGACAUGGAACCAAACAUGGGCCCCCAAAGGGCCUCGCUAAAGGCACCAAGGCUGCCCCAAAACCUGCAGUUAAAACAACAAAGACGGCUUGUAAAAGUCUUCCAGUCAAGAAGAAGAAGAAGGCGGCUGCUCCACCCUCUCAGGGCCUAUCUUUUGCAGAUCGCCUGGUUUAUCUGACCGGCAUUCCAGUUGAUGCAACCGAACAGGAAGUGACUGACCUGGUUAGUUCCUUUGGAAAGAUCAAUAACGUGAUUCUUUUGCCGUGCUCCGAGGGAGAGAGUGAAAAGGACCAAGGACAAAAGGCCGGGUUUAGUGCGUCUGUGUGUAUGAUGAGGACAGAGGAUGCGAAGGCUCUGGCCUCUGCUUCAAAACUCUGUAUACGAGACCAGGCAAUCACCGCUUCAGUCGGCAAGAAGCCUGAAGAUGGACUGCUUCUUCAUGCUAACAGCAAAGCUGAUGCAGAAAAGGACAAAGAGUCAGCUGGGAAAAACUCAGGAGGUGAAACUGACCAGAAUACUUCUGAUCAGCAGUGGAAGGUGUUGAUCUCAGGACUUCCUGACAGCGGCUGGUCUGAGCGUGACAUCAUUCAGUUUGUUCAGUCCUUUGGGACGCCCACCGACAUCAUCCUGGCAAUGCACAUCGGAAAGGCUCUUGUGUCUUUUCCUGACCUGGAUGUUGCUGAGGAGAUUGUGAAGGUCCACAGCUUCAAGCCCGCCAUGUUUCAGGACACCCAGGUGAAGAUGAGCCUGGUCAAACAGCAGAUUGGACUCAGCACACCGGUGGCCCUUUAUAAUCUUUUCAUGGGAUCACUGGACCCUUUGGAGAGUCCAGCUCUGGUUGGGUGGAACAGUUUGGUGGUGAUCAGAAAUGUUCCAGACACACCUGCUGGCUCCACUGAGGUCCUGAAACUGAUGCGCCGCUUUGGGACAGUCAUAAAGUCUCUUGUGGUCAACAACAUGAUCAUUUGCGAGAUGGCCACCACAGCCAUGGCCUUGUCUGUAUACAAACGCUUCCUGGCGUUCCCGUGCAUCAUCCAAAACAAUCCUCUGGUCUUCUACCGCAAAGCAGACCCCAAAGCUCACCCCCAGGACAAAGUCAUUCCUGCCUACAGCGAGACCUCUGAGGAUAAACCUGCAGAUUACAGCCAGGCGGCAGCAGAACCUUUAAAACAAGACGAGGAUCAACGUGAAGUUCCGCCAGAGAAAAGCGGCGAUGAAAAGACAAAUGCCGAAGAGCAAACAGAGGAAGAGCAUCUGGAAAAGAAGAGCAAAGAUGACAGUGUGCAGGAGGAGAAGCUCAGCGUUUCUGUGUCUUCCACCGUGUCAGACUCUAAACCUGACAAAGAUGACGCUGAAAACGUUGAAGUAAACAAAGACGUCCGUGCAUCAGGAUUAAGGAGUGCUGAGGAGACGGAAGCUUCCAGCUCCAGUGCUAAACCAGCUGCCGGAGAGACGGCCAUGUCUGAGCUGCCCAAGAUGACUCAAGCUAUGGUCAACGCUCUGCUGGUGGAGUGCAGAACAAGAACCGCUAACAAUCUCAACAAGACAGCAGCGCCCCCCAGUGGAGAGCAGGUUCAAGUAAAACAAGAGAAGGAAGAUCACGGAAAACCUGCAGUCGGCGCAAAAGACUCCACCGAGAACACCGCGGAAGAAAAAGACGAGGCGAAAAAACAGGACAGGGAGAGGAAAGAGAGGGAGGCAAAGAAAGAGGCUAGGAAGGAAAGAGAGCGGAAGGAGAGGGAGAGGAAGGGGAGGGAGAGAGGCGAGAAAGCUAGGAAGGACGUAGAGAGGAGGGAGGAGGAAAGGAGGGAUUGGGAGAGGAGGAGAGGUUGCUAUGAGAGGACGUCUAGGUCCAAGUCGUCUUACCGGCCAGAGGGACACAGGCAGAGCUGGAGGGAUGAACGGCACAGAGGAGAAGCUGAAAGAAGAAAGGACCAGCUGGAGGAGGACCAGUCUGAUGACUUCCCGUUCAACAUGAGCGACUUUGUCACAGUGGAUGAGCUAGGAGAUGUGACGGACCUCCCUGAUGCUGCCGUUCCCAUGGAAACCUCAGAAAAAGAGAGCAUGGCUUUUCCAGCUGAACAGCAGGAGGAUCACAAGGACACAUCCGUGGGGACCACAGUGACCCAGGAGGCAGAAUCCGGUGAGCAAGUCUCAGAAUCAGAACAUGUGAGCAACCCAACACCCCGUCCUUUAAACAGUCCGGAGUCUGAUCAGGACCCGAAUGCUGCAGAACUGCCUCCAGCAGCUUCACACAUUCAGAUGGCUCCGAUUGAAACAGGGGGACCACCGGAGCCAGCCAAGGAUAACGUGAGCACUAAGCCAGGUGAAGCUAAAGAACCCACCUUUAAACGCUGUCAGUAUGCAACCCUAUGGUUCCCUGAGCUCUGGUGUUGCUCCUCAGACACCGCCCUGGCUUCAAGCCCAGACGUGGAGCCCACUUCCACCUGUGCUGCUGCAGUCCCAGCUCAGUCCACGUCAAACAGUCCCGCUGGCGCAGUGACUGCAGAGAGUGAAGAGAGGAAGAGCGGUCCUGUUCCCCACGGUGAGACUCCGACAGAGGAGCCGGUGGAGGAGCCCCCACAGAACGUAGAGAAGACGGAGGAAGCUCCAGAAAAGCCCGUAAAAGCAGAAGACAGCACUGGAGAGGAUUGUGUGAAGAAGCCCCUGCCUCCUUAUGACCCGAGUAAAGCUGUUGGUAUGGAGUAUUUGGUUCCAAAGACGGGCUUUUUCUGUAAGGUGUGCAGUCGAUUCUUCACUGGAGCCAAGGUUGCAGAGAUCAGCCACUGCAAGACUCUGAAGCACUAUGAGAACCUGCGGAAAUUUCUGCAAAGCGCAGAAUCCUCAAGUGCGGCUGUAACAACAGACUCCAGCUGAACGGGGCUCUGAAAUCUGUAGUUUCAUUUCAUUGUUUCUCAUUUCAUGCUUAGGGUCCAGAUUUCCAUUUUGUCAUGGAGUAGUUCCGGGUUAUUUCCCCAUAGAAAUGUUUUAACUGUUCUGUUAUGUAGAGUGGAGAAAGGAAAGGAAAAUGUGCUGUUUGUGUUGCUUCCAGCAGGAACUGUGCACAAAUAAAAAAUGUUUUUACUGAA